GAUGCCACUUGCUGCACGCUGGCCCUUUAAGAGACCAACCCUCCCAGCUCUGACAGUUCCAGGGCGAUGGCUCUGUUAAAAAGCUCUGAGCCGCUUGGUCUCCAAUUCAUUGUGUGGCACAUCCGUUACAAAGGCUGCAGGAACCAUGAGCCGCAAAGUCGUGAGGUCCAGUAAAUUCCGCCAUGUUUAUGGCCAGCCGGUCAAGGCCGACCAGUGUUAUGACGACAUCCGUGUUUCCCAGAUGACCUGGGAUGGGAAUUUUUGCUCGGUCAACCCCAAAUUCCUGGCCAUCGUUGUUGAAUCCAGUGGGGGAGGAGCCUUCUUGGUCUUGCCCUUGUCCAAGACGGGCCGCCUGGAAAAGUCCUAUCCUGUGGUCUCGGGGCACACGGCCCCAGUGUUGGACGUGGAGUGGUGCCCCCACAACGACCAUGUCAUUGCCAGUGGAUCCGAGGACUGCAGCAUUAUGGUCUGGGCAGUGCCCGAAGCUGGCCUUGUACGAUCCUUAAAUGAACCUUUGGUGACCCUUGAAGGCCAUUCCAAGCGGGUAGGGAUUGUCACAUGGCACCCAACAGUACAGAAUCUUCUGCUUAGUGCAGGCUGUGACAAUGUAGUGACUGUCUGGGAUGUUGGAGUCGGGCAGGCGUCAAUCUCGUUGGAAGACCUGCACCCGGAUGCCAUCUACAGCACGGUUUGGAACCGGGACGGAUCUCUGCUCUGCACGGCCUGCCGGGACAAGCAUGUCCGGCUGUUUGACCCACGGGCAGGGGGCAAAGUUGCCAAUGAGCUGCCACGUGCCCACGAGGGUUCCCGUCCUGUCCGGGCAGUUGCGGUGAAUGAUGGAAAACUGCUGACCACCGGCUUCAGCCGUAUGAGUGAGCGACAGGUGGCUCUGUGGGACCCGAGGAAUCCUGAGGAGCCGUUGACCCUCCAGGAGCUGGACACAAGCAGUGGGGUUCUGCUGCCUUACUAUGAUCCAGACACCAAUGUGGUUUACCUGACUGGCAAGGGUGACAGCAGCAUCCGCUAUUUUGAGGUCACAGGAGAGGCUCCCUUUGUGCACUAUCUGUCCAUGUUCAGCUCCAAGGACUCACAACGAGGCGGGGGGUGGAUGCCCAAGCGUGGGCUGGAUGUCAGCAAGUGUGAGAUCGCUAGGUUUUACAAGCUCCAUGAGAGGAAAUGUGAGCCCAUUGCUAUGACUGUGCCUCGGAAAUCAGACCUGUUCCAAGAGGAUCUGUACCCUGACACGGCUGGCCCGGACUCUGCCCUCACAGCAGAAGAAUGGCUUUCAGGGAAGAACGCCGACCCCAUCCUCAUAUCACUCAAGGAUGGCUACACUCCUCAGAAGACCAGAGAGUUCAAGGUCAACAAGAACCUCCUGGAAGGACCAAAGAGAAGCCAAGUGUCCCAGGAAAGGGAACAAAAAGGGGGUUCCGCUUUAGAGCAGCUCUCCGAGGAUCUGAAGCGGCUGCAAGCCACCGUCUCCGAACAGGAACGGCGCAUCUUGGAACUGGAGCAUCUUGUGAAGAAAUAGGAAAUCCUGGGCUGUCUGGAUCCCCAAUCAAUCUGUUUCCCCAUCUGUCACACCGGACUUGAUUUCAGCAGUCUUUUUGAAGCCCUCCAGUCUUUCAUGGGUGGAUCCUCAGGGCAUUAUUAAGCUCCACCCACCCCUUCCAAAACUCAGGGCAGAAAGGGAUCUGCCAGGGCUGUUCCCUACCACAGCUUGCCCGUCACAGGCUUGACAUGUGCUGUGUAAAUGCCUAACUUUCCACAAGGAGGCAGUAAGUGGACCUGCUGGCUACACUUCUGGGAAGUUAAAGGCAGCCUUCUCAAAUUCUGUAGCCCUUCCCCUUCAGAGGCUAUUGACUCUCCCAGAGGGUAGGAAGGAUGCCUGCUUUCUCCCUUGCCAUUUUCCCCCAGCAAAGGACUCCCUUCUCCAGAAGCUAAGCAGGAACAAUCAGAGGAUCAUCCUCUUCAUUUGGACUUCGGAGCGCAGGGAUUGCAUUCUGGCAAUUAAACCGAUGGCUCAGUUUAAAAAACCCGCCCAAAACUCUGGUAAGCUAAAACUAUGCCCUUAACUAUGUAGCUGAUUUUGGAUUUUUUUUUAAAAAAGCAAAUAAAUACUUUUAUUUUAAAAGCCCUGCAGCUGGCAAAGCCCUUUUUAAAAAGCAACAUUCUGUGCCCCCGGUGUGAGAGGAGGAAUGCCUCUUCCAUGAUGCCUACUGCAAUAAAAUAUGUGCAUCAUCUCAAAAUAAAACAACUUUUUCCUUGUA